GCGCUUCUCCUUGAGCCUUGGAGUAACUGGAGCGGGUGGGGACCACCUUUAAAUCUGUUACGACCCGGUCAGUGAUUCUUAAACCUGGCUGUGUGGGGAGAAUUUGUAGGGAGAGUUUGUUAAAAAGUCGUAUUUCGGGGCUCCACCCGCUACCCUGACGCAUUGAAUCUCACAGGAACCCGGGGAUUCGCAUUUUAAUAAACCAUCCUGGAGAUUUUGACUCCGGUCGUCCGCCUGCAGUUCACAGUGGCUUUGGAUUUGCUUUUUAGUAUCCCCAUCUUCACGACCUAAGCUUCGAUCUAGCGACCCCGCCCAUUACCCUCUGCCUUCAACAGCCACGGAGGUCUCUGGGGUUAAGGUUUGCCUGCUGGCCCCGCCUCUUGUCUUUCAAUUGGUCCCUCGCUGGUCCCGUCCUGGAGCCAAAUUUUCUUUUCUGAUUGGUCAGCUGCGAGUUGUGGCUAGACCUGAUCCAAUGGCCGCUUGAUACAAUGGUGUCGUUCGGGAAACGCAGCCCUAACGUUGGUCCUAAGCUGACAAAUUGGGCUGUGGACGCCAAACUUCCGUGCUAGGACUUUCUGCGUGUGGACCGGGGGCCUAGUCCUGCGUGGGUCCAACACAGACAGGAGAAAACUGCCUGCUUUUGUGCCUCCCGGAGGUCCUGGUAGAAGCGAAACGGGGACAGGAGCUGCAGCGUCCCAAGCCCAGUGAGGCGAAGCUACUGGAGACAGCUCCGCCGGGUCCAAAGUUGGGCUCACCGGCUGGAACUUGAAACCGGAGCACGUCGGACUCCUGCUGAAGCCAUCAUCUCUCUCUCCUGGCCCCGGGCGCCUUGGCCGGCGGGCACAACUGGUUUCGGGGCCAAGAUGGUCUGGAAGCCUGACGGUGGCGUCUGGCCUGGGCUCCCGCGAGCGGAAAGGGUUCCCCUCCUGUGAGAGGGAAACUAUGGAAGUUCCUACGCCCGGAGCCAGAACUCCUGCUGCUUCCGCCCGACCCAAGGUCUAGCUUGGCGGCCUCCCACCUGUGCUUCUGAGGGUUCUGCUUCCAAGAGGCUGCUGGUGCCCGGGACACCAGCAGUUUCGCCAUGGGUGUUUCGCCAUGGGAGUUUCGCCAUGGGUGACUUUGGCCUGAGAUGCGCUCCAUGGAGCAGAUUCUGGAGUUGCUGGUGCUGGAGGAGUUCCUGACUAUCCUGUCCCAGGACAUCCACAGCAGGGUGCAGAAGCUGCAACGGGCGAGCUGUGGAGAAGCUGUAACUCUUUUAAAGUAUAUGUAUGACUUUUAAAAGAGAGAGCUUGUGAAACUGAGGGAAUAGGUGAGUGAGAGAGAGGUUUUAUCUGCCAUCUUCCUCAAGGAGGCCCAGCCUCCCCUUUAUUCACAGGGUUCUGGGUCUGGUGGGUCCAGAGGACUGAGACAUCUCGCUGUCUUAAUUCCCCAUUCAGAUUUUCUUGAUUGCCCUGAGUAGACCUUACACGGGCCAGUGAUUUUUUGUUGUUGUUGUUGUUGUUGUUGUUGUUGUUGUCUUCUCUGGAACCUUCAUCCUCCAGAUUUCCCCCUAGUGCAGUGAAGAGUGUGCUAUUGCUUUUGGUUUCCACGGGGAGGCAGUGUCGCUGUCAUAGUGUCCGCUCUGGAGGUAGAUCAAAGGGGGCUUUCAACUCCUGGCUCUGCUCCCUACUAGCUGUGCGACUUUGGGCAAGUGACAUUUGCUUGGCUGGGCUUCACUUUCUGCACUGGUCAAAUGCAGAAAGGGUAAUAGACCCUUCUGGGGUUGUUUGGAGGAUUAAAGGGAGAGCAGUAUGUCCGUAAUAAUCGCACUGCUGGCACACAGCUAGUGCUUGAAACUGUGAGCUGCUGUUAGGUUAGGGGCAGCAGUCUGGUCUCCUCUGCAGAGAUGGGUCUCAGUUAAUUGUGAACUUAAACAGUUUGGCACUGAGGCUUUGGGGUCAUUGCCCCAGGGCCACCCAAGUAAGCUUGUCUAAUUGAGAGGAACAGGAGCAGCUGGAGAACGUGGGGGAGGAACCGAAGACCUAUGGGGGACAUGUGUGUACUGAAAUGGGCUUUCUCCCCACACCCUCCACACAAGCACAUACACACAUUCACUCUGGGUCAUGGCAUCAUAAAAACCUUGAGUUUAAACCAUCCCUUUCUCUUGUUGGGUCCAAAUGGACAGACUCUGGUUUUCUAUUGAAGAUUUACACGCAGAUUCCUGUCAUAAUUUUUCUUUUCUAUCGAGCCCUGUCAUGAUGAUAAGUGAUAGCAGGUUGGUUCCUAGAUCAUACACCAUGGACCUAGCACAGAAGUGUUUUCAGAAGAGCCUUUUCCUUACAAAACAGCAUGAAAGUCAUUGAGCCAAUGGAUACUGAGAUUUCAAACUGGAGCCAAUGGAUACUUAGAGGAGCCCUGAAGUGUAGAGUAGUUGCUACUUCUUGUUCACUAGGUCUAAUUAGCAUGUCAUCAGUGUAACAGACUAGUGUGUUGUCUUGUGAAAGAGAAAGGUGAUAAGAUCCCUGUGAACUAAACUAUGAUGUAGAGCUUGAAAAUUGAUAUACAAUACGCCUGAGGUAGGAUGGCGAAGGUGUAUUCCUGGUCUUACCAGCUGAAAGUAAAUUGCUUCUGGUGGUCUUUACUAACAGUUAUUGAGAAAAAAAGCAUUUUCAAGGUCAAGAGGUACAUACUAGGUUCCAGGGGAUAUGUUAAUUUGCUCAAGAAAUGAAACCACAUCUGGAACAGCAGCUGCAAUUGGAGUCAUCACCUGGCUUAGUUUACAAUGACCCACUACCAUCUUCCAAGAUCCAUCUGCCUUCUGCAUAGGCCAAACAGGGCCUGAUUGGUUCAGAACCAAGUGAAGUCACGGUUACUAUGAUGACUCACGACUGCUCUCAGAACCUAAUGCCAACAGUCUGCAAGAUUCAAAUACUGGCAACCAUCACCUGGCUUCCUUCUGGUUCAGAGCAGAAUAGGGUCCACAGAACUCGACCCUGGAAGAGAGAGUCGGGGUCAGGUCUUCGGGAGGUGGAGGGAUCGAAUGAGGGAACUGAUAUUCCAAGACUCCCCACAUCUUGGAGCUUCACUCGCCAGGCAUCCCGCGCUUUCCUGACAUCGCUUACCCUAGUGGUGCAGCAGCGGAGAGCUUUGCUACCCAGAGCAGCAGGGAGGCGUGGCCACAGAGGCAGAGGCGUAGUCGAGCCGAGGAAGAGGAAAGUGGCCUCCGGGGAAGCCAGAGCUGACUGAAGUGCUCUUGGGAAGAACAAUUCAUUGAUUUGGUACCAACCUGAUGCACCCUGAUUUGUCAAAGGUGGUACCAGGUGGGUGUCAGUGUCACAUACAAGAGUAAAACUGUUCCUAGAGCAAAUGACGAUGAGAGAGCUGAACGCGGAUUCAUGCUCAAGCCCCCAGAUGGGGGCUAUGUGGGAGACUAGUGGGUCUGUGAAAGAGAACUCCAGUCAGAGUAAGAAAUACAGCACAAAAAUAGAGAAUCUUGGUCCUGAGAGCGCUUGCAGGCACUUCUGGAGCUUCCGUUAUCAUGAAGCAACCGGACCGCUUGAGACUAUCAGCCAACUUCAGAAAUUGUGCCAUCAGUGGCUGAGGCCAGAGAUCCACUCAAAAGAGCAGAUCUUGGAAAUGCUGGUGUUAGAGCAGUUCCUGAGCAUUCUGCCCAAGGAGACCCAGAACUGGGUGCAGAAGCAUCAUCCACAGAAUGUCAAACAGGCUCUGGUCCUGGUGGAAUUCUUGCAGAGGGAGCCUGAUGGAACAAAGAAUGAGGUCACAGCCCAUGAGCUGGGAAAGGAGGCAGUGCUCUUGGGAGGAACAGCAGUGGCCCCAGGCUUCAAGUGGAAGCCAGCAGAGCCCCAACCAAUGGGUGUGUUCCAGAAAGAAUAUUGGAAUACAUACCGGGUACUACAAGAACAGCUGGGCUGGAACACUCACAAAGAAACCCAGCCUGUAUAUGAAAGAGCUGUGCAUGAUCAACAGAUGUUAGCCCUUUCUGAGCAGAAAAGAAUCAAACACUGGAAGAUGGCAUCUAAACUCAUCCUGCCUGAGUCCCUGAGUUUGUUGACAUUUGAAGAUGUGGCUGUGUAUUUUUCUGAGGAAGAAUGGCAAUUAUUGAAUCCUCUUGAGAAGACUCUCUACAAUGAUGUAAUGCAGGAUAUCUAUGAGACUGUCAUCUCUCUAGGGUUAAAGCUAAAAAAUGACACUGGAAAUGAUCAUCCUAUAUCUGUUUCUACAUCAGAAAUACAAACAUCAGGAUGCGAAGUAUCAAAAAAGACCAGAAUGAAAAUUGCCCAGAAAACAAUGGGCAGGGAAAAUCCUGGUGAUACACACAGUGUACAGAAAUGGCAUCGAGCUUUUCCAAGGAAGAAAAGAAAGAAACUUGCAACUUGUAAACAAGAGCUUCCAAAACUUAUGGAUCUUCAUGGGAAAGGCCCCACAGGGGAGAAACCUUUUAAGUGUCAGGAAUGUGGGAAAAGCUUCAGAGUUAGCUCUGAUCUUAUUAAACACCACAGAAUUCACACUGGAGAGAAACCCUAUAAAUGUCAACAAUGUGACAGGAGGUUUAGAUGGAGUUCAGAUCUUAAUAAGCACUUCAUGACCCAUCAAGGAAUAAAACCAUAUAGAUGCUCAUGGUGUGGGAAAAGCUUUAGUCAUAACACAAAUCUACACACACACCAAAGAAUUCACACAGGAGAGAAGCCCUUUAAAUGUGAUGAAUGUGGAAAAAGAUUCAUUCAGAACUCCCACCUUAUUAAACACCAGAGAACUCACACAGGUGAGCAGCCUUAUACGUGUAGCUUAUGCAAGAGAAACUUUAGUAGGCGAUCGAGCCUUCUUAGACACCAGAAACUCCACAGAAGAAGGGAAGCAUGUCUAGUGUCUCCAAACUGAGGAAAGUUACCAUGUAGAGCUUGACCUUAGAAGUGGUGAAAGAAUACAAAAUUAUGAGGCACCCAAUGAUAGGAAUCUGUGAUUAAUAAAACAUUUGGGAAGGGUACAUGUUACACUUCACAAAAAGGAAUCUAAGCUGUCUGUUUUAUUCAGCAUUGCAUCUUCUGUGCCUAGCACAAGAGUUGAUACAUAAGGAGUAUUUUAUAAAUAAAAAAAUGAAAGUGUAGUGAUGAGAUUCCUUUAGCUAUCCAUCUAUAUGUAUAUAUCUGGUUAUUCAAAGCUUCCCCACCCCCAGUCAUCUAAAUUUUUCAGGUAUCAAGUGCUCAACAGACAUAUGAUAGUCAAGGCUCUUAGUCUCAUUUUUUACUCUUUGUCAAGAGAAAUGGAAAAUAAGAGUACUUGGGCCCUCUUAAGGGAGCUCAGAGAGAAUUACUAAAUUAGGGACAGUUUCAAUAGUUAUCAUUCUAUCUACAUGAACAAUCAAGACCAGGACUCAGGGAACUUUACUCUGUAACAGAAAGAGAGGAUUCAGUGUUUGCCCUGGGAGAAUUGUCCCAUUCUCGUUGCUUCUCUCCUGAGUACCCACUACCACAAUGUCUUCUGUCAAGGAAUUACAAGUAGCAAGGGAAGGUCUGAAUGUAAGGACAGGCCUAGGGACCUUGCAAGCACUUGAUAUCUCUCCUCUUGCUGACUUUGUCAACAUAGACAUAUAGUGAAAUGAUGAGGGAGGCAGUCUUGGCCCUCAUCCAGGUAUCUGUUUUUUUUUUUUGUAGAAAGCACAAAUAAGUGGUAAAUGGUCUUUUUCUGACUUUCAUUAUGUGGACUGGAUGGAGGCUUUCAAACUGGUGCCAUACUGCUGCAGGACCUAAAGGGAGCCCCAUCUUUAUGGCUGAUCAACUACAACCCUAUAUGCCUGAAUACUCUGCAAGAAGGCCUGGAGAUUUUGCAAAACUGAUUUAUUGAGAAUGGCAAGGAGAGCCUUGUGAACUUUUAGCUUUGGUGCACAGCUGAUACCAGGAGGGAACAUCCUGAAGUGUCAGAGCAAAGUAAGGCAUAUGGCUCAGAGUGAUGACGCCAGUCAGAGCCAGGCCAGAUGGAAAUUGUUUUCUGAUGUUACUGGUUUUCUUUUCCCUAUUAGCCAAAGUGACUAUCUCUUAAGAGAAGAUAAUGUGACGUCAAGGGAAGUUGGAAGGCAUGGAUUUAUAUCUAUGUCAGAUCCUGGUUUAUAAUGUUGGCCAAGGCUUAUUUAUAUAUGUUUAUUUAGUAUUCCAUAAAAUUGUACUUCGUAAUGAAAAUGACACAUUUUAUCUUAAAUUUAGACAAUAAACAAAACUUUGUUACCAAAUCACUCAGAAA